UUACUCAAACGUGCAGGAUGUUGCUCGGUGAACGUGACUGAACGUCAACAUUGGUACGGAAAACGAGAACAAACAAAAAAGUCACGAAACUUCGUCAAGUGAUAAUCGUCCGUGUCAAGCCUACUCGUGCCACGAUAGCCGAUCAAAGUCGCUGAUAAUCUUGAAUAAAAAAAAGACUCGGAAGCUAAAAUUUCGAACAAAUGAAACGGUCGCGAAGAAAGCACCGAAUCAACACUGUUUUUUCGCGCAAUCGUUUUCGACAUGGGACCAUCGAUUGCGAAUGUUGAUCGUCCACCAAAAAAAUCGACGUUCAUUUGAAAAAUCAUCGUACUGGUUUUUUCUGUGAUCGACGAACUGUGAUAUUUUUAUUAUUUUCGUCACUUUCCCUCGGUCUUCCUUCCUCUCGUUGCAUCGUCACGUCGACAAUUGGUCCAAUUUAUCGGAUUUUUAAUCUCAACAUUUUCCAAAGAUGGACAAUCACAACUCCGCCGAUUUCGAGAAGGAGAAGAAAAGUCUUGUGGAUCAAUCAUCGCUGCUCACAGCUAAAAUCCAACCGCUAAACUCUUUAGCCGAAGAUGAAAAGGCCGCGCUAGCUGCUGUAGCGAUCAACGGGAAUCAUCGGGAGGGUGCCCGGGAGGAGAAACAAGCUAGAGGAAGUGCCUUGAGACAAGUACUGGCCGCAUUCGUUGCUCAACUCGGCACGAUAAACACGGGCAUGGUAUUUGGCUUUUCGGCCAUUGCCAUUCCACAAUUGCGUCAAAAAAAUAGCAUCAUUCCUAUCGGUAUUGACGAAGCGUCAUGGAUUGCGAGUAUGUCAUCCAUCGGUACACCAAUCGGGUGUAUUCUCUCCGGAUACAUGAUGGACUUACUGGGUCGCAAACGUUCACUGAUCAUCACGGAAGUUCCAGCAUUAUUGGGUUGGUUGUUAAUAACGUUUGCGACGGACGUGCAGAUGAUCUAUGCAGGUCGUUUUUUCGUGGGCUUGGGUUCAGGCAUGGUCGGUGCCCCUGCUCGUGUUUACACAAGCGAAGUGACGCAGCCUCAUCUGCGUGGAAUGUUGACUGCGGUGGCGAGUGUAGGAGUCAGUACCGGAGUGUUGAUAGAGUAUGCAUUGGGAAGUAUGCUCUCGUGGAACAUUUGUGCAGCGAUAAGCGGUCUGAUUCCUCUGUUCGCUUUAGUGUUGAUGUUCAUAUUUCCGGAAACUCCGUCGUACCUCAUAUCGCGUAACAAACCUGAAAAGGCACGAGCAGCGUUACAAAAAUUUCGUGGCAGUACGUACAACUUGGACAAAGAGAUGGACACGCUUAUUAAUUUUUCAGCGAAAAACAAUAUCAAACGAUUGACGACACCUCGCGAGAUCUUCGGGGCGAUAUUGAAGCCGAACGCCUUGAAGCCUUACAUACUGCUGUUUCUUUACUUUUUUAUUUAUCAAUGGUCCGGUACGAAUGCCGUAACCUUUUACGCGGUCGAGUUAUUCGAAGAAUCCGGUACAACGAUAGACAAAUAUUUAGCAGCUGUUAUUUUGGGAGUCGUUAGAUUGUUAUCGACGAUUGCGGCAUGUAUACUGUGUCGCAGAUGUGGCAGACGACCACUGACUAUGAUCUCUUCGGUAGGUUGCGGAUUAUCGAUGUUGGGGUUAGGAACUUACAUGUGGUAUUUGGCAUACUGGAAAGAGAAUUCUAUAACGCCUAGUUUCACGUGGAUUCCAGUCGCCUGCAUAUUCGUUUAUACGAUCACGUGUACCCUUGGAUUUUUGGUUAUACCUUGGGUCAUGAUAGGCGAAGUUUAUCCCGUCGCGGUACGGGGAGUUAUCGGAGGUUUGACCACCAUGACCGCUCACUCGUUUGUCUUUAUGGUCGUUAAAACUUAUCCUCUUUUGUGCGAGGCCAUCACGAGACACGGAACUUUUCUUAUGUACGGUUUCAUUUCGUUCUUCGGUACAGUUUACUUCUACAUUUGUUUACCCGAAACCCAAAACAAAUCGCUUCAGGAAAUCGAAGAUUAUUUCUCCGGAAGAAGUAACACUUUGAAAACGGGAAGGAUACCCGGAAUGAGAAAAACUAUCGAUGGACCGAAGCCCAAUAUUUUGCCCAAAUGAUACUUCGUCAUUCGAAAAUGAAACUUUUGACUCUGGAUUUCUAGUUUAUUUUGUCCCGACUGUUACUACACUGUAUCUGUGAAACUCCGGUUAAUUUGAGUCCGUAACUUCUGAAAAAAUUCCUGUCUCUCGACAAGGGUUUACAAAUGGUGAGUUUCAAAUGUCAGUUUUGGUGGUCGGGUCAUAACGACCCGCUGAAAGUGAUCAAGGGGCAAAUCUCAUUCUCUACGACUGUUGCAAACUUGUUUUUAUAUCGCAAUCAUAUUUAACGAAUGUGUGUCUGUGUAAAUAAUAUAAAUUCAUAAAGUAUGAACGCGUUAAUAUGUCAAGAAAAGCGAUUAUUUUCGAAAGAGUUGAAUUUUUACGUGUUUAAAAAAACGUGUGUGCUGCUUCGAUCCAUGUUAGUGAAUUUUUUGCGGAUUCCACGUGCCGAAUUCGGGCUUUAUCGCCCUCUUUAUAUUUAUUAACUCGUAUGACGAAAAACGUUUUAGAGAUUAAGUGUGUGGCCUUCGACUUGCGUGACAUACGUAAACAAUUACGUAAAAAAAGAAAACGUGAAAUUGUAAAUAUAUGGUCUUCCACGGGACAGAUAACGUAGACAUAAGUUCUUCGAGAAGUAAAGAAACGAAUGAAAGUAAAAAGGUGUAAAUAGUAGCUUAAUGUUUGAGUGUCCGAACGAGCGAGCAAGAGUGACUUAUUAUCAUUGUUUUCUGUCUUUUUUUUUUUUUCCAAGAAAAUGAAUAAAAAACGUAUAUAAAACGUU